AUGUCUGAUUCCUCUUCUGAAAAUUUCGUUCGUAUCGACGAAAAGGCUGCGGCCAAAAUCGCAUCGGCUGUAGGUGACUACAAAGGUUUGGUGCAGGAUGCUUCACAUGCCACCAAACGUGAAAAAAGGAUGGGAGUUAUUGAAGCGAUUCGCACUUAUCCAAUGGCAGUAUUUUUUUCCGUCGGGAUUUCGUUAGCCAUUGUUAUGGAAGGUUACGAUACUAUGUUACUCGGUAACUUCUACGCGCAACCAGCUUUCCAAAAGAAGUUUGGAACAUGCAAGGAAGAUGGCUCUUGUCAAUUAACUUCUGCUUGGCAAACCGGCCUUGCAAACGGCACACAGAUUGGAUCAAUCACAGGUUUGCUUUGUGUCGGUUGGUUAUCGGACAAUAUUGGUUAUCGUAAAACGAUGAUGGGUAGCUUGUUUUUCAUGGCAUCAUUCAUCUUCCUUCCUUUCUUUGCCCAGAACAAAGUUACCUUGUUGUUUGGACAACUGUUGCAAGGUAUUCCGUGGGGCAUCUAUCAAUCCCUGGCAAUCGCAUAUGCAGCAGAUGUGUGUCCAGUCACUUUACGAUACCUUCUAACUACUUAUGUCAACUUAUGCUGGGUAUUCGGUCAAUUGAUCGCGGCAGGCGUGUUGCGAGCUUGCGUAAAUAAGACAGACCACUGGGCUUGGCGACUACCCUAUGCUCUACAAUGGAUGUGGAUCCUUCCGAUUUUCCUUGUCGUUUAUUUUGCACCUGAAUCACCGUACUAUCUUGUUCGCAAAGGUCAGAUCAAGGAGGCGGAAGAAGUUGUUGCGCGUCUUCAGUCUAAAGACGGCACAGCCGAAGAUGCGCGAAGGACCGUUGCCAUGAUGAAACAUACCAAUGAACUUGAGAUAGCAGCAACAGAGGGAGCUUCAUAUCUGGAUCUCUUCCGUGGUACUGCGCUUCGCAGAACUGAGAUUAGUGUCAUGGCCUGGAGCGCUCAGCAAUGGUGUGGCUCAAAUUUGAUGGGCUGGAGUACCUAUUUCUUGAUCCAAGCAGGCGUUCCAACUGAAAAAGCUUUCGAUUUGAAUAUCGGUAAUUCUGGUAUAGGAGCGAUCGGAACAAUUUCUUCAUGGUUUACGAUGCAAUAUCUUGGUAGACGUCAACUUUACAUUAUUGGUGAAACUCUGAUGUUUUUGGAUUUAUUGGCAAUCGCAAUCGUCGCUUGUGCAGGCGGAAGUGGUUAUAUCAUUGGUGGCUUAUUGUUAUGCUUAACCUGUCUCUACGAUGCUUCAGUAGGCCCAGUCUGUUACUGUCUAGUAGGUGAGGUGCCUAGUACUCGUCUUCGUGCGAAGUCAAACGCUUUUAGUCGUUUAACAUACAAUCUUUCGGCUAUCGCUUUGAAUUCUUUGGGACCAAAGAUGCUCAAUCCUGGUGAUUGGAAUAUGGGAGGUAAAGCUGCUUUUGUAUGGAUGGGCACAGAUGCAGUCAUGAUCUUGUGGGCUUGGUUCAGAUUACCAGAAACAAAAGACAGAUCUCUUUCAGAGUUGGAUGUGUUAUUCGAAAACAAAGUUCCAACUCGUAAAUUCAAACGUACCAAAGUGGAUCAAUUCGGUUUAGUGGAUGGUGACGAUAUCGAAAAUAAAAAGCAAAUCGAUAGUACCGAAGAAGAUGAUGAGAAGAAAAAAGUCGAAAAUGGAGCCAAUGUUGAAGUUCAUACAUUGACAGCUUGA